UAUUCUCUAAGGAGUGUACACACGAGUUGGAUAGAUUUCCGCUAGUGAUCGCAACCGUUGCAGUGCACGAGUGAACCUUUGAACUGUAACCGUUUUAGUGAUUUUUUGGAAAUAUUAUUUAGUGCGUACCUACAGGAUGAUUUCGCUAGUGUGUGUUUUCGCAUUCUGCGCCGUAGCAGCCUUCGGCUCGCCUAUCGAAGACGGCAGAUGGAAUCCUUAUAAAUAUGGAGACAGUGGCAAGUAUAUACCUACCAACGAAGGUAAAUACAUCCACAUACCCAAUCCAUACAUACACAUAGACAACCCGUACGACGGUGGUUAUGGCCCAUACGCUCAUAUGUACGAGCCUUAUGUCAGCGAAGCGACCCAGGAUACCUACCGACUUGUUCUAACGCCGCCUAAAGAUAUCCCCUUCUAUAAGGACGGCUACUAUAAGAACAAUGGAAUCAAGAUCAUCAGCCAGAAGCACAACUACAAAGAGGACAAAUACGACUUCGAUUUCGAAACUGAGAACAAAAUCCGCGCCAAGGAGAACGCAGUUUUGAAGAACCCCAACACGAUCGACGAAGGAAUCGCAUCAAAAGGUUUCUACGAAUACAUCGGGCCUGACGGUUUCAUGUACAGAGUUGACUACACCGCCGACGAGAAUGGUUUCCGUCCCAAAGUGAAGAGGCUAGAAACUCCGUACUCUGGCAAAUGGGUGCUAGAAAAAGUCAACUAAAUCAAUACCUAUAAGCACCAAAAACGUAAACCUAAUACUUUCCUCACUACAUAUAUCAGUAUUUUCAAAGCGG